GAUCAUUUGACAAUCGAUUCGUGAACCUGCGAAAAAACAGGGGAUGUAGGGCGGGUUUUCACGAGAUUCUGUCGUUCUAUGUGGAUUCACUCGGUUGAUGUGUUUCGUGGAAAUGUUCAUGUGUUAUCGAUCCAUCAGUUGAAGGAACAAGACCGACACAAAAUGAAAUAUGCAACGUCACCAUCAACAAGUCGUUGCAGUUCACCUGUGAUGUUCAGCUCGAGUUCGUCGCUUCCAUCUCCCAUCACCUACAGAACCAAUUGCAUGGGGGCCGCAACAAAAUGCUACAAAUACUUGAGGAAACUUCUGAAGUUCCAACAAAUGGACUUCGAAUUUGCAGCCUGGCAGAUGGUCUUCCUUCUGGCCUCGCCUCAGAAAGUGUAUAGAAAUUUUCAGAAUCGAAAACAGACUAAACAACAAUUUGCUAGAGACGACCCUGCAUUCCUGGUGCUCCUAGCUGGAUGGCUUUUGGUCUCUUCAGUGGGAUUUGCUGUCGUCUUAGGAUUAAGUUUCUCCCAAUUUUUUAAAUUCUUCAUGUAUACAAUUCUUGUUGAUUGUAUACUCGUUGGAUUAUGUGUUGCCACAGUAUUUUGGUUCGUGACCAAUCGUUAUUUACGAUCAGAUCACACUCAAGACGUCGAGUGGGGAUAUGCCUUCGAUAUUCACUUGAAUGCAUUCUUCCCACCUCUGGUGAUACUGAAUUUCCUCCAGCUAUUCGUGUAUCAUGCAAUCAUCAAUUCUGACUCCUUCACUGCCAGAUUUUUUGGGAACACAUUCUGGCUUGUGGCUGUUUCUUAUUACGUGUACAUAACAUUUUUAGGAUACACCAGCGUUGAAAUCCUUCACCGAACAGCAGGAAUACUCUGGGUCCUCCCACUAGCUCUCCUGAUCUACAUAAUAUUCCUCUGCGCUGGAAUCAACUUAACUAAGGAAGUCAUGUCCCUUUACCAUCACAGAGUCACAUAAUAAUCCGAAUAAAAAGUGAUAUAAUUAAAAAACGAGCACAAUCAUUCGUGAAAAAAAAUAAUCAAGCGCGAAAGGUGUAUUUUUGUACGGCUAGAAAAUUAAUCCAUGAAUGAUCACUCGAUGUAAGAAAAGUCAAAUGAAAUAGUUUAGUAAGUUA